AAACUUUAUUGACAUAAGGCAGUGUAAGCAAAUAUCUUCUAACUAGAUGUAUUUGUGAUUAAAUCCAGGUGAAUCGUGUUUAAAAAUGCAAUCGUUUUAAAAAGAAAGGCUUGCAGUAGGAAAUGAUGCAGAUUAUCUAUUAUACACAGAUAGGGGAUAAGUCGGAACUCUUUGGAUUCCCUUGACGCGCCGUGUUUUCUGUUGGUGUUUAAAGAGCAUCGCUAGGUACGAACUGACUGGACACUGGUGGCUUGCCGUUGAAGCUUUCAGUGUGACCCCAGUGUGGAGAGAACAGCAAGAGGCACACGAUGGAAGCCUUCCAGAGACUGAACUACCUGUAUCAGGCUGCACACUGUGUCCUGGCCCAGAACCCAGAUAAUGUGGAGCUGGCUCGGUUCUACUGCCACACUCAGAGAACCAUAUCCAGACGCCUGGUCCUCAGACAAGAUCCUUCUGUUAAGAGAACAGUGUGUAAAAAAUGCUGGUCCCUGCUGGUUCCUGGAGUAACUGCAACAGUGAGACAGAGAAAGUGUAAUCGGAGACAGAGGCUGACAGUAGUGCGAUGCCUGAGCUGCGGGCAGACCAAGCGCUUCCGCAACGACCCUGAGUACCAGCUGUGGGUGGAGCGGCCCGAAGCCCUGCUGCAAAACCAGCCCAAGCCGGAACUGAAUUCAGAGGCCAGGCCCGCAGCCCCCCAACCCCCCAGGCCCUCCACAACACCCCAAGCCCUCAGCUGAAGAUGUCAUGCAUCCAGGGAAUCUGGCUGUUCUAAAAGGGCUGGCCUGGAAAUGAACAACAUGUGUUUGUGCCAUGUGUGUUUAAUGUAUUCCCUUCAGCCCACUAGGGGGCGCGGCACUGAACUGAACACAGUCAUGUCU